AUGGGCAAACGCAAUCGUGCUGCCUUACUACCCACAAACCUUCCACAGCUUCAAAAUUUGAUAAAACGUGACCCAAUCUCGUAUAAAGAUGAUUUUCUGCAACAAUACAGACACUAUGAAUCUCAAUUGUCUAUAUUUAAGCUGAAACCUAGCGAGGAAGCAGAAGAAUUUUCAGGCUUAGUAUUGAUAGUGAAAAGUUUAUAUUCUGUUGAUAUCUUAAGACCCUGCAUAGCUACCAUAUUUCUUUCUUCAGAAGUUUUAUUACAUCAAUAUUUCGAGAAUAAAUUAGUGAUAAAGGUUUACAAUGAGACAAAUUGCUAUCCACAAGAAACCGCCACUUUUCCACAAAACAUUAUCGACAUACUUUCAGAAAACUAUCAAUCUGCUGAUAAGAAAAAUAAUGAUAGCAGUAAUAGUUAUUUGGGUGGGGGAGGAAGUGUGUCCUCGUGUGGAUCAACUACAAUGAGCGAUCACGCUAUCGCGGCAAAAAAAAGUUUGGAUGUUUGUAUUGAAUUGUAUAGAAAAGGAAUUUGGAAUGACGCUAAAACUGUUAAUGUUAUAGUGGAAGGUUGUUUUCAUAGCGUGACAAAAAUAAAAGUGGCAGCUAUCCAAUUCUUUCUGGGCAAUAAUUUGGACGACGAUGAUAAUGAUAGCGAUGAUGACGAGGGCGAGAUACCUGAUAUCAAACGUCUUCAACACAUCAACCUGAUCAACAAAAAAAAGAAAUCUACGUCUCGAAAAAUGGAAAAGGCUAAAGCCAUAUUAAAAAAACGAAACAAGAAGAAGAGUAAACCGGAGAAUUUCAAUUUCUCGGCACUGCAUCUGAUAAAUGAUUCUCAAGGAUUUAUCGAAAAACUUUUUUCAUCCUUACAAAAAUCAUCCAACAAUGAACGUUUCGAAGUCAAACUAAUGAUCAUGAAUCUUAUAUCACGUAUUAUCGGUGUGCAUAAACUUACAUUGUUGGGUUUCUAUCCAUACAUUAUGCGAUAUAUUCAGCCUCAUCAACGCGAUGUUACAAUGGUUCUGGUGGUUCUUGCGCAAGCUAGCCAUGAAUUAGUGCCGCCGGAUACUCUUGAACCGGUGUUGAAAGCAAUUGCUAAUAAUUUUGUGUCUGAUCAUUGUGCUUCCGAAGUCAUAACUGUUGGACUGAACGCUAUUAGAGAAAUUUGUCAGCGUCAGCCACUGGCAAUUGACGCCACACUAUUACAAGAUCUUACAGAAUAUAAGUCAAGUAAAGAGAAAAGUGUUAUGAUGGCUGCACGUUCGUUAAUUGGAUUGUAUCGGGAAGUUAAUCCGGAGAUGCUAAAACGCAAGGAUCGCGGAAAAGAAAUUAGCAUGAAUAUUAAAGAAUUCAAACCACUACAAUAUGGCGAAGUUCGCUCGGUUGAUCAUAUCGCAGGAAUUGAACUUUUGGAAGAGUAUAAAGAACGAAAUCAACAAGAGGGUGAUGCUGUGCAAGAUGAAUGGGAAAUAGCAUCAUCAACAGAAAAUUCUUCCUCGGAUGGAGAAUGGAUUGAUGUGUCAUCGGAUGAUAAUGAUAUUGUUAUCACCGAUAUUAGUAGCGAUAGCAGUAAUAGUAGUGACGAUGAAGAUGAUGAUGAAGCGGCGCCAGAAGGUGAAAAAAUCCAUGCGACUCAAAAUGAAGAAGCGACAUCAGAAAAUAGCAAAGAUACCCUGGAAAUCGAAAAACCCAAAUUAUCUAAUCUCGCUACGACCAGGCUUCUCACCCCAGCAGAUUUCGCGAGAUUAGAAAAACUACGAUUAGAGCAAGAAGCCGCACAAAUGGUCGAAGGAAGUAACAAAAAGCGUAAACGGGAUACUUCGAUAUCGACAACCCAAGAGCAAGACAAUGUCAUCAACGUCAAUCAAAUUACCGGUCCUCGAAAGAAAGCAAAACAGGAUUACGAAGAACGUCUGGAGUCGAUUAAAGCAGGUCGUGAAGGACGUGAGAAGUAUGGAUCUUCUAAAGGCAAGAAAAAGCAGGAAGGCGCUAGCAAGACUAAUAAAGAGAAAGCUAAAAAUAAAGCGUUUAUGAUGGUUGUGCAUAAAAAGAAUGUUUUGUGCAAGAAGAAACCUAGUUUUCGGGAGCAGAUGAACAUGACGAAAAAACGGAAUAAAUCAAGGAGAAAAUAA